AUGAAGCUGUGUUUCGUUACCGUGGGCGCUACGGCUUCGUUUGAGAAGCUAAUCCAGCAAGUGCUUUCUCCGCAAUUCCUGGAGACCUUGGCCAAACGCCAGUACACCCAUCUUCUCAUUCAGUACGGCAAAGGUGGCAGUCAAACAUUCGAAAUCUUCGCAAAUGGCGAGCAAUCGCAUCAUGGCCUCAUCAUCGGUGGCUUUGACUCCAAGCCAAGCAUCGAUAGGGAAUUGAUGAAGACCAAGAAACGGGAUGAUCAGGAGCUCGGUCUAAUCAUCAGUCACGCCGGCACUGGAACUAUUCUUGCAGCCCUGCGCUUGGGCGUGCCCUUGAUCGUUGUUCCGAACCCGGACCUUGCUGAUAACCACCAGCAAGAGCUUGCUCAAAUUCUGAAUGAGCAGAAAUAUGUGGUCAGCAGCUCUGUCCAGGAAAUUGGAACUGCCAUUGCCCGUGCCGAGCUUCAGAAAUCUGAGGUAUUUGAUUCACAUCCUGAAAGAAAGGAUGAACUCGCAGGUUUCAUGUCUGACGAACUGGGUUUUCUGGAUUAA